CGUACUAUAUAGCAACGCUUUGACGUUAACAACGUAAUUUGUUUACAUUUUCCAAGAAAAGAAAAUUAAUUUAUGAAUUUAUGAAACAUGUGGGUCAGUAAAGUACCCACUUAAUGAGUUCACCAUUGAGGAAUCUGACCUCGGAACGAAAGACACCGGUGUCUCGAUUUAGAGCAUCGGAUAGAUGGCUAGAGAAUGUUGGAAACACAGAGAUGCAAGAAUAUAUGGUCAAAGAAUAUUUGGCGAGGUAUCCUAACCUCUUAGAAUACUUUCUUUUAGAAAAUGUCAGCAUGGAGUUUUUGAAUGACAUUCUUGAGAAGGUGAAGAAUAAACCGAAAUUAAGGAAGCCGGUAUUAAAUCCACAACAGGAGGUCGUUCAGGCAACUAGCACUUCAUCUGACAAGAACUUUCGAAACCUCUGUGAAAAGAUUCUGACUAGCGCGAAGGAUCAUGAACUAUGUGAGGUUAUCAAUGAGAUAUGUCAAAUAAUAGGGUACCACAUUAAAGCAGACAGUUUUAGUUUGUAUUUUAUAAGAGACGGAAUAAAAGUAUCGAUUUACAAGCCAGGAGAGGAAUUUAGAAACAUAGGUCCAGUCGGCAAAAAUAUGACAGUCUCGGCACAUGUUGCUUACGAAAAGAAAGCGAUAAAUAUUACAGAUCUGCAACAGGAUUCGAGAUUUCCUAAAGGAAUCUGUUUAGGAGACGACACUACCCAUCAAGUGAUUAGUAUCCCAAUUUUGUAUGAAGAUGGGCGGUGCUAUGCGGUGUCGGAGUUUACUCGUGGUUGGUGUGGUAACCCAUUCUCAAGUGAGGAGUUCGAAUUUACGGUAGCGGUGUUUAGUUGGGUCAAUGCUUGUGUUCAGAAGAUGAAAAUUAGCAGGAUAUUACGUGUACAGAAAUCUUUGAACAAGUUUUUAUUGGGGGCGACUAAGGUAUUAUUUGAUGAGGUGUAUAAUAUUGACCACCUCGUCGACCACAUUAUGAUCUUUACCAAGGAGCUGGUCUCUGCCGAUAGAUGUGCCGUCUUUUUGGUUGAUAAUCAGGACGGAGACCUGUAUGCAAACCUAUUUGAUGAAGGUGAAGUAUCAAAGGACGGGACUCCCGUGUUCACCAAGAAACCUGAGAUCAGAUUCCCAAAAGGUCGUGGUAUAGCUGGCCAUGUGGCUCUUACAGGAAAGAUCGUGAAUAUCAAGGACGCUUACAAAGACGAGCGUUUCAAUCCUGAGAUAGACAAGAAAACCGGAUAUCAUACAAAAAAUAUUCUGUGUAUGCCAAUUUCUGGGAAGAACGGAAUAAUCGGAGUUGUACAAAUGAUAAACCGGUUAGGAGACGAGUGUUUCACGAGAGAUGACGAGGAGGCAUUUGGAAUGUUUGCUGUCUACUGUGCUCUUGCUUUACACUAUUCCAAACUGUACAAUAUCCUCACUAAAGAGGAACUCAUGCACACGGUUGCACAAGAGGUUUUGGAAUUCCAUUUACCUGAAAAAGAAGUCGAAGCUAUAACGUUGUCAGGAAAAUAUUACAUAGAAGAGACUGCCCUCCCCGUUGAUUUCUACAAGUUCGACUUCUGUGCUUACGACCAUGUCCGAAUUCUUCAUAAGUUGUUCAUCCGGAUAGUUCAUGAUACGUUUGGAGACAGGCAGUUUGAUUUAGAAGCUCUGUGUAGAUUUACAUUGGCAGUUCGUAAAAACUAUCGUCCAGUAACCUAUCAUAAUUGGGAACAUGGCUUCCAUGUUGCACAUGCCAUCUGGCGGAUGAUAAAAACUUGUGAUCACAUAAACUUCACACUUCAUGAGAAAAUGGCGCUCAUUUUUGGCGCGAUUUGUCAUGAUUUAGAUCAUCGCGGCUUUAACAAUGACUUCUACAAGAAAAAAGAUCACCCCAUCGCUGCUUUAUAUUCGUCCUCGUGCAUGGAAUAUCACCAUUACCACCAGACGUUACAAAUUCUUACCUUGGAGGGACACGAAAUAUUUUCUUUCCUGACAAAAGAGGAACAAGAAGCCAUGUUUGAUAAGAUUAAGAAGAACAUCCUAGCUACAGACCUGGCGCUAUAUUUUGGUAAUCAGAAAUUCGUCUCCGGUCUCCUCGAGAAAGAUCAGUUCAAUAUAGACAAUCCUGAGCAUCGAGAUGCGCUUUUCGCCAUGAUGAUGACAGGGGCUGAUUUAUGUGCCGUACCAAAACCGUGGAGAACAAUGGACAAAACUAUUGAUUACCUGUACGAUGAAUUCUGGAUGCAGGGAGACGAGGAGAAGAAGCUUGGGUUGAAACCAAUUGCAAUGAUGGACAGGCAACACAAAUCUGAAAUUCCAAAUCAACAAAUCGGUUUUAUCAACUUCGUUUGUAAACCUUGUUAUACAACAUUGUCCGAAUUGUUACCUAUGGUCAAGCCAUUACUGAAGGGCUGCAACCGAACAGAGGACAAUUGGAAAAGAGUUAUUAAAGAGAGACAAGAAAAAGACAAGAAAGCUCGGAAAGAAACUAAAGUUAUGAAAAUGAAUGUUUUUUAGGAAGAAAUGGAUGUAUCAUAAUAAAUUUUGUUGAGUAAUUUAUGCCGUACC